AUGAGGGCAAGGGAAGAGAGGGAGCUGGUCAAAUCCAAGCUGAGGAGCAAGGAAAUGGAGACCUUCACACACGCCGAGCCGAUGAUUUUUAAUGGAUGCAAGCUAUCCUUGGAUAAGGACGGGUUCGGACUGUCAGUUGGGCAAAAGGGGCAGGGUGAGAGGCUUGCCGUAAUCAAGCUCGAUUCAGCUACGCGGGCUAAGGAGUACUUGGAGCAACGUGCCCGAGGGGCGUAUUUAGCUACCAUUUGCUACCCAGAGGCAUCUUGCGCUCUAUCGAUGGCUGCCCAGCACCAGGAACCGAGGGACGAGGACUAUAAGGCCCUUAAUAAGGUGAUCCAGUGGCUGAUCGAUCACCCAACUCGAGGGAUCCAUUACGUGCCCUUGGACCUGAGGACGGCGAAGCUCUUUAUCGGUUUCGUGGCUAUCCUUGGCAAUGAGGCUCACGUAGGUGAGAACGAGUUCACUUUGACGGGUAACAUCUUCUAUUGGGUGUCACAGAAGUGCAAGAGGGUGAUAAGGGCGGUGUUAGCCUUUGAGCUAUACGUUAUGUCCUUAGGUAUCGAUAUGGCUAUUGUCAUGUCGACUACCUUUGCUCAAAUCACAGCUCAGCUAGGGAUCCUUAAUUUCCCCGUGGUUGUGUGCAUUGACUCUUACUCGCUCUACGAGUGUAUGGUAAAGCUGGGAACUAUCAAGGAGAAGCGCCUGAUGAUCGAUAUUAUGGCUAUUCGGGAGUCAUACGAGAGGCGGGAGCUAUUUGAGGUACGCUGGAUCGGAGGAAAAUCCAACCCUGCUGACGCCAUGACUAAAGUCGGGACUAACACCUCUUUGCAAGAGUUAGUUUUGACCAAUACUUUGAAGGUGCAGGUAGACGGGUGGGUGGAAAGACCGCUGUAG